AUGGACAACCACUUUGCACCUGCUCCUCCAGAGAUGCAACCCCAUGGAGCCUCAGGCUCUGGAACCUCCUUUUCCCGCAGCAACAUGCUGGGGCGCCAUCCUCACCCCUCACGGCUUCCUGGAGGGGUAUCCCCCCUCAUCCCUGUCAUCAGAAAGACUGUCCAUCUGGAUGCCUUUCCCAAAAGCCAUGUCCCACAGACCUCCAGCAGACUGGGCCUUAGAGCCAGGACUUUAAAUGUGCCUCAGCAGGACACUGGCAUUGCCCCAGGGGCUGUCCUGAGCCCUCUGCCUGCCAACAGCCUUGUGCCCAGAAAGCUGAGCUCCAUCUCCCUAACAAUCCAUCACAAGAGCCAGGCAAGGUCCCUGAACCCCCAACUUUCCCACUGGGAAGAGCUGCACACCCUGGGCAGGGAGGCUGCCACUCAUGGAGGAGGGAGGCUGUCUGCUCAAAGCUCAGCACCCAUGACUAUAGUGUCAGAAGGCAGAGUCCACUCUGAGGGUCCAGGGAACCCAGGUCUGCUCAAACCCAGCAGGAUGCCCACAGUGGAGAAGCCCCUUAUGAGUUCGUACCUGGCCUUACCUUUCCAAUCUCGGCUAACCCAGAGUUCAUCAAGUUUUGCGGGGCCAGGGCUGGUGGGCCAAGGGCACAUCAGAGCCUCUGCAGGAAGAGGUAAGUCCCGGUCCAGGGGUAUUCCCAGACCCCGGCUACUCCAAAGGGCCACCCCUGCUAUGAAUUUGGCUGUUGUGGGCACAACAAGGCCAGACACAGCCAGACAUUUAGCCACAAUGGCCACCAACAGAUCUAGCUUGGCUACUACUUUGGCUACAACAAACACAUCCAGAUGGGACACAGGCACAGAGUUUCCUGCUCUGGAUACCAAGUUGGAUAUAGCCACAGACUUAUCUACCACAGGUACAACCAAGCCAGGCAAGGACACGGAUUUGAUAACUACAGAUCCAGAGAAGCUGGGCAGAGUCAUGGUUAUAGCAGACAAAGCCAAGCCAGAUAAGACUUCAGGGGACCCAGCCAUGGUUUUGACAAUACCAGAUCCAGUCAAGCUGGGCACAGCCCGGCCAGACACAACCAUGGCUUUGGUUAGAGCAAAUAAAGCCAAGCUGGGUACAACUAUGGAUUCUCCUACUUUGGACACAAGCAGUCUGGGCACAGCCACAGACCCAGCCACUGGUGAGCUGGACAUUGCUACCUACCCACUAAUGCCUAGCAUCGAAGCAGCCCAGGACCACCCCACAAUGGAGACUGUCACAGACCAAGCCACCAAGCCUGUCACACUGGAUCUGGCCAGAGAAUUCAAAGGGCUCCCAGAGACCAGGACGGACACAGCCAUGUCAGAGCUGGUGCCUGAGCCCAGGCCUAAGCCGGCAGUGCCCAUGAAGCCCGUCAGCAUCAACUCCAACCUGCUGGGCUACAUUGGCAUAGACACCAUCAUUGAGCAGAUGCGCAAGAAGACCAUGAAGACUGGUUUUGACUUCAACAUCAUGGUUGUUGGCCAGAGUGGACUGGGCAAGUCAACGCUGGUCAACACGCUGUUCAAAUCCCAGGUGAGCCGCAAGGCUUCCAGCUGGAAUCGGGAGGAGAAGAUCCCCAAGACGGUGGAGAUCAAAGCUAUUGGGCAUGUAAUAGAGGAAGGUGGUGUCAAAAUGAAGCUGACUGUCAUCGACACCCCGGGCUUUGGAGACCAAAUCAACAAUGAAAACUGCUGGGAGCCCAUUGAGAAGUACAUCAAUGAACAGUAUGAGAAGUUCCUGAAGGAGGAGGUGAACAUCGCCAGGAAAAAGCGCAUCCCUGACACUCGCGUCCACUGCUGCCUCUACUUCAUCUCCCCCACUGGACACUCCUUGCGACCCCUCGAUCUCGAGUUCAUGAAACACCUCAGCAAGGUGGUGAACAUCAUCCCUGUCAUUGCUAAGGCUGACACUAUGACCCUGGAGGAGAAGUCUGAAUUCAAGCAGAGGGUUCGAAAGGAGCUUGAAGUAAAUGGGAUUGAAUUCUACCCGCAGAAGGAAUUCGAUGAGGAUCUGGAGGAUAAGACGGAGAACGACAAAAUCAGGCAGGAGAGCAUGCCCUUCGCUGUGGUGGGAAGUGACAAGGAGUACCAAGUGAAUGGCAAGAGGGUCCUCGGCAGAAAAACUCCCUGGGGGAUCAUUGAAGUGGAAAACCUCAACCACUGUGAGUUUGCCCUGCUUCGAGACUUUGUCAUCAGGACCCACCUCCAGGACCUCAAGGAAGUGACACACAACAUCCACUAUGAGACUUACAGGGCCAAGCGGCUCAAUGACAAUGGAGGCCUCCCUCCGGGAGAAGGUCUCCUGGGCACUGUCCUUCCACCUGUGCCAGCCACCCCCUGCCCCACUGCUGAAUGAAGGCCAUUUCAAGCGCUGCUUCUCCCUCCAUUCCUUCAGCUGUUAUUGCUGCAGGGCUACCCUUUUCAGUGCUGUGCUUGUCUAGCCCACCGCCACAGCCCCUCUUGGUCCUCAGCAGGUGGGAGGGGCCAGGUGCCCCUUUAGGACAGUUGCUUCCUCCAUUUAGCCAGACCACUCCUCUCCUCCCAGUGGAAUGGAGCCCUUGCCAGCCCUGCUCCAUCGUCUAUGUCAGCUGGUCCCAGCCCAUCUCUAGGGAGAAAAAAACUCACAAGAGUCGCUUCUGCCCUCGCAACCCAUACCAGCUGUUUGUAACCAUCUCCAAGGGAAACGGCAUGGCUCCUUCUCCAUUCAUCUGCAUGAGCUCCUCUUGGCUUCCCUAAGGGGCCAAGAAAGCAAUUUUUCUGCUUGUCAGAUUCAUUGAGACCAGCUGUGUGAGCCCCUGUGGGACAAGGGUGUCUCCUUCAUUGCUUAAAGGUAUUUAGAAGGGUGGGUCACUGCAGGUGACCAGGGGAACAAGGGCUAGCAUCACUUUUAAAAAAAAUCACCACUAGUGGCCCAGAGUGUGGGUACACACCUUCCCCACCCCAUAAUGCAGCCACUUAGGAAGAGUGGUCUUCCUGAAGAGAAUUUGCUGGAGUUGACUUCCUUAUCUCCAAACUAAAAAACAAAAACAGCUAAUUAUACACAAAAUCUCAGAAACCUACAAGCUAAACACUCUAGGAAAAAAAAAGCACCCUUCUGUACACUUAGCAAUAAGAGGGAUCUUUUCCCACUUACCCCUACUCCCACCCCUGCCCCAUCCCACCUCAUUAAUGUGAGUAAUGAAUUAGCCUGGCCAUAGGUGGUCACUGUAGGCUCUGGAAAAUACCCAAUGGAGGGAAAAGACCCCAUCAGAUGCAUGAAUGUUUGCGAAUGUCGGCUGCCACUGCCCCACUCAGUGUCUUUAUAGAAUCCUCCCUGACCCUACUUCCCCCUCCAACUCCCAAUUUCCACCAUGACACAAAUUGCUCAAAGGCUGGUGACUGUGGGCCAUUCAUCUCUAACCAAGUCCUGAUGGAACAAGAGGCCCAAGCCUAGGGGAUGCAAGAACGACCCAUUUCUUAAAUGAUACCAGUCCCAGUCAACCUUUUGGUGACAUUCUGGUUAAAUUUCCCAAUUGAAAACGAGCCAACAGACACUCAAACUGGUUGUGUAAAUGUUGCUAGACUUUAUGUGUUGUACAACUAAACAUUGAUGUUUGAACAAUAA